AUGAGCACCGCAAGCCUCCUCCCGCCCGGGCCCAUCCCUGGGCACAAGGCCGUGGAGACUCUGGCAGCCAAGCUGCGCAGAAGGCAAGUUGUGGGCUCGCGCGGCGCAGCCCUCGAGACCGUCCUCGUCCUCCGCCAAGUCGUUUCGAAGGCCCGCUUUUCAAAUAUCCAGCAACUCAUCGCGAUCAUCCGCGAGGUCGGCCGGAGGCUCGUAGCUGCACAGCCAAAGGAACAUACCGUUGGAAACACGGUCCGGCGCGUCCUUCACAACAUCAGGGAGGAGUAUAACUCUGCGACGAAAGAAAACCCCUCCACCCGGAACGUGUACACCAUCAGCAAGUUCGUCCUCCAGGGCCAGCCGCGCAAACAGACCACAUAUGCAACCAAGUCGGAGGCGACAGGUACCCUUAAAGAGGAUGACCCCGAUGACCCUGAUUCCUUUGCGCGAGGGCUCAAGCCCGUCCUGAUGGAGGCGAUCCAGGAUGUUCUGGACGAGCUCGAGACUGUCUACGACAACGUCUCAAAGAAUGCCAAGGACCACAUCCACUCCGACGAAAUUAUCCUCACCAUCGGGCACUCCAAGACCGUCGAGGCCUUCCUCCGCUCUGCCGGUCACUACCGCAACUACACCGCGAUCGUCGCCGAGACCGCACCUUCCUACCAAGGGCACGACAUGGCCCGCGCACUGUCCGCGGCCGGCAUCUCGACCUACCUCGUCCCGGACUCGUCCAUCUACGCCAUCCUCUCCCGGGUGAACAAGCUGAUCCUCGGCGCGCACGCCAUCCUCGCCAACGGCGGCAUGGUCACGAUCGCCGGCUCGCUGCUCGCCGCGACUGCCGCGCGCGCGCACUCGACCCCGGUCGUCGUCUGCGCCGGGCAGUUCAAACUCACCCCGCUCUGGAACCUCUACCACGACUACGGUGCGCUCGACUUCGCGGACCCGAGCGCGGUGCUUGGCUUCGAGGAGGGCAAGCUCGUCGAGCGCGUCGACGUCGUCAACCCGUACUACGACUACGUCGGCCCGGAGCUGGUCGACGUCUUCAUCACCAACGACGGCGACCACCCGCCGUCGUCGGUCUACAGGCUGAUCAAGGAAACGUACGACGACGAAGACCACGAGCUUUAA